AUGGGAAAAGCUGAAGGACGAGGUAAAGAAUGGCAUGGACACGUGACAGCUAUCACAGUUGCUCCCGCGUAUCGACGAAUAGGUCUUGCGGAAAGAAUGAUGCAGUUAUUAGAAACCGUUUCAGAUAAGACGCAAGGAUACUUUGUUGAUCUGUUUGUACGCGUUUCUAAUUCGGUAGCAAUAAAAAUGUACAAAAAAUUUGGAUAUACGGUUUAUCGACGUGUUUUGGGAUAUUAUUAUUCGUCAGGCGAUAAUGAGGAAGAUGCGUUUGAUAUGCGAAAACCAUUAUCACGAGAUGUUGAGCGGCAGAGUAUCGUGUCAAAUGGUGAAAGCAGAAAAGUGAGACCGGAGGACCUGUAA